UGAGAUUCAAUAUAACUGCCAUUACUUUGUACCUAGUCUUGUCAUAAGCUUACUUGGGGACUUCUCAAAUCUUUAUCAAAGCAAACAGUUGGCCAGAUACAGCGGCUUUAAAAACACACAUAAACAACCGACGAAAUAAAACCCACAAAAGAAGAAAAAAAACUUGUGAUUACUACAACUGUGUUAUUUUUUUAAGGUUAUUGAACCCCAAAAUGGAUAUAACUUAAGCCUAAUUGUAAUCUCCUGAAUUCCAGUUGAACUGAUGCAAAGUUUGAAAUCUGCUUUGGCUUGGAAUUAGAACUCAACAUUAAUCCAUUUGAAGUUUUAGUUUACUUCAGAAAAACAAAACAAUACUUACAAAGCAUUACUCGGAAAUAAAACACCUAAUUCCUGAGACAACCUACAACAAGGGGGACAAAUCCAGAGAGAGGUCACACGACGUGACACAGACAUUGACAAGAUUGCCAUGGUGACCAAGUGUCUACAUUUGUUUGCAUUUGCUUCGACUUUUGCACUAACCUGGGCUUCGCCCAACAUAACUGCCUUUCAAAAAGUGGCCGUAGUCAAAGAAGGCAGCCAGGUGAACUCUGUCCUGUCGACCAUCACCUGCAGUGACAGUGACGGAGACCUGACUGCCACCUACGUCAAGUCAGUGUCACCGUCCACUCUGUGCGGCAAAUGCUUUGAGGUGUUGAGCUGCUUACCCAACGAAUGCCUGCAGUACAGAGCGGGAGUUGGCACCCUGGACUACUCCACAGCCUCCUCCUACCUCGUCACUGUCAGCUGCGAGGACCUUGUCCACUCUGACCCCGACGCCACAGAGGUCAUUGAGGUCAAGGUGCUUCCCAACGCGCCCCCGCACUUCGACCCUGAUGUCAAGUUUGUUCCUUUGACAAAGGAUGGCCCCACUACUAAAGCGGGUACAGUUCUGUAUCAGGUGGACGGUAUCGACCCCGAAGAUGAUGACAUCACGUAUUCUAUGAACGUUCUCCCGGCCACGUCUGCCAAAAAUUACCAGAUCAACCCACUCACAGGCGAGAUAAAAGCUUUGAUUGAUCUCAGCAAAGAAUGUUUGUCGUCGGUGACUUUCGAAGUGACAAUGACAGACGGACACAGUUCCGUUGGACCGCAGGUCAUUGACAUGCCCAUCAGUAAUCCCAACGUAGCCCCGACUGCGUCGAAUCUGGACACCACCAUCCAGAUACCUGAAGACCAUUCGCUGACCACUGCCUAUACCAUGGCCAUAAUAGACGGAAACCCAGGGGAUAAAGUGACCUACACUACGUCAUCAACCAACGCCGCGGGCCUUGCGCAGUACAAGAUGGACGGGAAAAGUCUCAACGUCGAUGUCCAGCAAGCACUGGACUAUGAGCAGGCCAGCCUCAGACAGACAGAUGUGACCAUACAGGCCACAGACGGAAACUGUCCAUCCCCGCCCUAUACACUCAGAAUUAAGGUGACAGACGUGAACGAGAAACCGGUCAUAACCCCAAGCAGGACCAACGUGGAAGUCUGUGAGGGCGUGCAAGAGUUCGACCCAGGCUACACAGUUGUCGACCCUGACACGCCGGACACUCAGACCUGGUCACUCAGUUCGACCAUGUCCAACACGAAUGGACGUUUCGGCAUCAACAGGAACACGGGCUGGCUGAAGACUUUGAUUGAUUACGACGUGGACAAGGGCGCGAUGACCUCCACGGUCACUUACACAGUCCUGGUGACAGAUAAGGGCGGACUCUCCAGCACUGCAACUGUUGGGGUCACUUUUUUGGACUGUAACGACAACGCACCCAUCUUUGACCAACAGCAGGCAUACACCUAUGCCGCCACAGAAUGUACAGCGGCGGGGGCAAAGCUUGGUACAAUCACAGCCACUGACAGAGACUCGUCACGUGAACAGAACAACGUCAUCUAUUACGAAGGUUCUGGUGGCAGUGUCAAGGUCGGAACCGGAGGUGAGGUGGUAGUCGUCCAGGCUUUACCCGCGGGAUCUGUGGUCACUUUCAACGCCUACGCCUAUGACCGUGGUCAGACACCAGGACCGUUACGGAGCGUGAAUCCAGCAGUUAUCAGUGUCCGGUUUACGCCUUGUCCGACUACACCCCCUCCAGUUACUGCAGCACCAGUUGUCACUGUCACCACCACGACGACCACAACGACGACAGCAGCACCACUGGUCACCAAAUCAGUUGAUAACUUGUGGUGGAUUAUCUUAGCGGCCUUGUUGGGUGCCGCCAUGUUGGGAUUGCUAAGUUACAUGUUGUGGAAGUACGGAAGCCUUUGUUUACACGGGUGUAAGAAGCUCAACUGUAGGCAAUGUAAAGCUAGGCCAAAGCCUCGAGUUGUCACUCCCAAAAUAGAACGACGCCCACCCCUACAAAAGGCGCCGCCGCCACCACAAGAACCAGAAGAACCUGAAGCUCCAGGCCCAGGAUUUUUAUUUGGUUUCUGGAAAGAAAGGUAUCCAAACGAUGACUUCAAACAAAUGCCAGAUCGCAAGAGAUUGCCCACCCCUGGCGACAUGGAUGACCACUACCCACACACACUGGACCCUGUAGAUGACCCUCUUCAACCACAGCACGAGGCCCUGGUAGAGCCUCCAAAGAAGAAAUGUAUUAUCAUGUGAUCUUUAUAAAAAAAAUAUUUAAAACUCAUUUUGUUUCAACCGCAUUUCACUUUGAGUAAUUAACGCCAAAUGACCACGCUGACUAAAGCUCUGAUGUUUUAGCGUCAAACGCUAUUAAUACAUCGACAUAAUCUGUCUCAAUUGUUGUCAUACAGGAAACAGAAGAAUGAAAGCGUUCAUAUGGUGUAUGAUUGUGCUAGCAUGGCCAAACUGCAUUCUUAAAAAAUAUUAUGUAAGGGAGAUUGUUUCGUUAUAUAUCCAAGUGAUUAUUUUUAAGGCCAAUGAUCUGAAGAAGGGGUUAUACUUUUUAACGGUCUGUAAUAUUUUAUUAAUUAAAAACAUUUGAAUUUAACUAUAUUGAACCAAACCUUCUGCUUUCACUAUUAAGAACAUUUUAAGCUUUGAUCGCCCACCCGGAUAAAAUAUUUACAUACAUUAAUGGACAUUUCUUACGAUAAUUCAUUUAGUCAAUCUGUUGGACCAAUGGGGCACCAAACAAAAUGUACAAACAUUCUACAUUCCUCAGUCUUUUGACUUGGAUAGAACCUCUAUCAAUGGUAGGCCCGUCCAUUCCUUUAUGUUGUCUUCCCAUCGCUUUCCCUUCUGCCUCUUCUUCUUUUUCCGGGUACUGUUCCGUGAAGGAAGGUAUUUACAAGCCCAGAAGACCUUGUAAUAUGGCCAUAGAGCUUUAGUUUCCGUGUUUUUAAAAAUAGCUACCAGGUCAUCGUGGGGUCCAAUGGCUGCAGGAACCUUGUCUCUAAUCUCUUCGUUUGUAAUGCGGUCUUUAAAUGUGAUACCCAGGAUCCUUCUAUAGCAUCUCAAUUCCAAUGCUAGGAUCCUCCUCUCUAGCUCUGCAGUCAGCGUCCAAGACUCACAAGCAUUUAAGAAUGUGACCAUGACCAGGGAGCGUAUCAGUCUGACUUUGGUGUCGAGGCUAUGCCUUUGUCUUCCCAUAUUGUUUCGAGUUUUGCUAGUGCUGCUGUGGACUAUGAAAUUCGGGCCAGUAGUUCGGGUUUGCUUCUGAGACAAUAGCUCCGAGGUAUUUAAAACAAAACUCACUUGAAGUUAUACGUUUCUGCAAUUACAAUUAAUCAUAAGAUAUAGUAAUGAACAUUUAAAUAUGUACAUAUCGCAUGGCCAGUAUUGUGGAUAACAAGAUGAUUCAUACAUAAUCACGCAAGUAAUUUAUUAUUGAUCUUUUUAAAUUGAUAUAACUUGUGACUCCAUAUUAGCUUCCUAUGCAGUUUAUUGUAUAUUGACAUAAAAGACAGCGAUUUGUUUGUGUGCAACAAAUUAAAUUAUUUAUUUUUCAA